AUGGGCGAUCCAACGAUAUCAAAGCUACAAUCAUUCGGUUUCAGUUUUUGGAUAUGCAACACGGCCAUUUGGUUUAUUCUUUUCCUAUCUUUUACCUAUAAAUUCCAGCCUUGGUUUCUUCAAAAAGCAGAAAGUCGCCUUGGAAAGUGGUACAGAACAGAGUGCACGGCGAAUCAAAUCAACUGCGCAUCGUUAGUUUCAUCGACAGUCCACGCGAUCCUGACAUUCUUUGCCGGACUGUACAUUGUCUGUAUCGACCCAAAUGUGACGUGGGAAACGCCCGAGUCGACGUCUAAUAUUUUAAAAUGGACGCAAAGUAUGUCGCUUGGCUAUUUUUUGGCGGACUACAUCGUCUUGAUCCACACACGUGAGCUCGGCGGCACCGUUCCUAUCUUGGCUCAUCAUACUACCGCCACGAUCGCGUAUUUGGUGUCACUUUGGUACAAUAAAAUGGGCUGGUACAGUUGCUUCCGGCUGUUGUCCGAGUUUUCUACCCCUUUUGUCAAUCUUAGAUGGAUUCUGGUUUCCAUCGGAUUGAAAAACACCCGUCGCUACAAGAUCAACGGCGUCCUCAUGACCGCUUCUUUCUUCCUCUGCCGAAUUUGCACCUUUCCGAUUUACUGGUAUUACGUCGCGCGUGUUUGGAACACGGAAUCCUUCAACAACGCUUUUAGCGAAAAAGUCACAAGCAUUCCAAAUGUGCUCUUCUUCUUUUGGAUCGUUGGACCGCUGGCCUUGGACAUUUUGAAUACUUUCUGGUUCUACAAGAUGUUCAGAGGAAUGCUCAAAGCCCUACAGAAAUCGGACUUAACGGACGAACAAGCCUCGAAAACACACGAAGAACGCCGCCGAAAACGAGACCAAGUGAAAGACUUCAUGAAGAACCGCUACGCCAGUCUAAAAUCCAUCGUUUUGCGAAGAAAAGCGAUCCCAAAACGGAACGAAUAG